UGUCGAGUUGUCGUUGUUUCUGCGAUCGGGGAAUUAGAACAGAAGAAAAUGUCGGGAAGGUCACAACUUUUUGUUGGACGUUUGCCUCUUGAUGUUAGGGAGAGAGAUGUUGAAAAUGUUUUUGACAAGUAUGGACGGCUUCUGCGAUGUGAUGUAAAAUAUGGUACUGGAAUGGCAUAUGCGUUUGUGGACUAUGAUGAUCGAAGAGAUGCUGAGGAUGCUGUUAAAUAUGAAAAUGGGCGUGAAAUUCGAGGUCAGAGUAUUGUUGUGGAAUGGGCUAGAGGACCAUCCUAUCGUCCCUCUAUGCACAUGAUGAAGUCGGGUGGAGGACGCUCGCGUUCGACUUAUGAUGAAUGUUACCACUGUCGACGUUCUGGACACUGGGCUCGUGACUGUCCCGAAUUAGAACGUGACCGGUACUACCCUAGAAGACGUAGGUCGAGAUCUAGGUCAAGGUCUCGUUCUAGGAGGGAGAGAAGCUACAGUCGUAGUCGAUCAAGGAGUAAAGACAGGCGAUCUCGUCGUAGGAAGAGUAGGUCUCGCAGCCAUAGUCAAGAAAACAGUAAAAGAUAUCGCAGUAGAACAAGAAGUCGAACUCCUUCUAACUCUAGAUCUAAUUCUAGGGAGCAAGAUGGCGAAAAACAAAAAAAUAGUAAAAGUGAUGAUCGCAGUAAAAGCCGUUCUCCCAGUAAAAGUCAUUCACCAUCACCUGAAAAUAUUAAAGAAAAGAGCCGAAGCCCAAGUGAAGAAAAUGAACAAGAGGACAAGAGGGUAAAUAAUGGAGACGAGGAGAAAGAUGAAAACGAUUGGAAUAACAGAGACAAGAGCCAUUCUAGAAGUAGAAGCCGCAGUGCCAGCAACUCUCCAGUAGUUAGUCAGAAUGGCAGCAAUGACCGAGAUCGUGGCGAUGGUGAUGUUGAACAUCACGACAGGCGGAGCUCAUCUCAUUAAAAGUUAAAAUCAGUUGCCCGUAUUUCCUUGAUUUUUGUAAAUUUUUCUCACACUCGAUGUUAUCAGUACGUCACCUUCAUUUUACACCUACAAAGGAUUGUCUUGUUCCCAAUUUCACUUUUGGUUUUGCAUAUUUAUCAUAAAUUUCGUAUUAGAAGAUAAUACAGUAAAUUACAGGCAUUAUCAUAAAUUGUACUUAUGACUUGAAAGAUGCAAAUUCAUUUCUUUGGUUAACCCAGAGUUUCCUAUAUGACAUCGAUGUUAGUGGUACCCAGUAUGAAGAAUUCUAGACUUUAGUAGCUUAAGUUUUAAAAAUUGGUAGGGAUUGUGGUAAACGAGAGCUAAUGGUAAAGGGUUAGAAAUAGCCAUAGAAAGUUAAGAUUAAAAAAUAAUUAAUAACUUCUGAAAACGUGUAGUAAAUGUUCAGGUAGGUUGUGAUUUAUUCUCUUUAGCCCAUUUAAUGACAUGGUUUUGUGGCUUGAAUUACUGCUGUGUUUUGUUUUGUUUUACCAAAUACAGAUAACAAAAAAUCAUUGGCAUAUAGAAUUUUAGUAUCUGUGCCCAGUACAGAAAACAUUAACAAUGUAUUCAUCGUCAUUCUUUUUUUAUUUGUGCUGCAGUGACCAGAUUAUAUCAUCAGUCUUCUUCAGAUACUGCAUUUACAAAUGUUCAACAUGUGUUGCUUAAUAAAAAAAACCAUCGUUAUUGUGUUUCCCA